CCCCGGAGCCGAACGUCUUCAGAAGCUGGUUUUCCGCGUCUCAGCUCGGGCCGCGUUACUGUAGCUCCAGAGGAAGGCAGAGGACAGUACCAAGCCCUCAACGGGGAUACUCUGCCGCCAUGAUGCGUCUGAUGCUUUGGUUGUUACUGGCCUCGAGCGCCUGUGCACAACUGACUGUGCGAGAAAGGCUGCAGUCCAACUUACAAGAUCAGCAGUUUUCCCAACUUCAGCCAGUCUCCCAACCUGCUGUGACGCCCUCACGCCUCAACCAACAGCCUUUCCUUGGACAAGACUCCUUGGUGAAACCUUUGCCAGUGGUGCAGCAAUCUUUCGCGCAGCAACCCGCCCGCCAACAGCAACUAGGACGUCUGAGGCUGGAGGAGAUCCGAAGGGAACAGGAAUUGCGGAGGCGGCAGGAGAUUCAGAGGCAACAGGCAGCACGGAGACAACUGGAGGUGCGGAGGCGACAAUUGGAACUCCGCCAGCAGGAAGAGAGCCGAAGGAGAGAGGCAGCUCGCCAGCAGUUGGAGCGGGAGAGGCAAAGGCAGGAGGCGACGGUCAGAGAGCAGGAGCGGCAGAGAGAGCAAGAGGAACUCCGACAGCGGCAGCAGAACCUCCGUCAGCAGGCAGCGGAAAGGCGUCGACUUCAAGCCGACAUACCAACUCUGGACGACGUUCGAGACGGGCCCUUCCAGGACGGCACUUACUACUUCGGGUUCGCCACAGGGAACGGCAUUGUGAGGGAAGAGGGAGCUCGCCUCACUGGGCCCUAUACACAUGAGGUCACUGGGUCAUAUUCCUAUACGGCUCCGAAUGGCGAGGUGAUCACGAUGGAAUACAUCGCCGACGAAAACGGUUACCGGGCUUAUCGUGCGCGCCCUGGACGACUCAAUCCAGUCAUCCCACCGAAUCGCAUCUUUGAGCCGCCGCCUUACCGGCCGCCCACCAUUUCCCCGCUAGAAAACCGACCCUUCACAUCACCUGCAAAUCGCCCGCGUCCCACCUCCGUCAUCAGACCUGCGACACCCCAGAACACCAACCAACGACCACAGAACUUUAAUACCCAGAUUACUCCACGACCACAGGUUUUCAGCGCCCAAACUACUCCACGACCACAGGUUUUCAGUGCCCAAAAUACUCCACGUCCUCAGAUUUUCAACUCCCCGAUUAUUCCGCGUCCCGCAAGGCUUCAACACUGCCCAACCUCAAACCUUCAGCACCAACGCUAACAACAACUUUAACAACCAGGAUAUCCAGCUUCCUCAGACUUUCAGUACUAACCAACCAGCCAGUUCCUUCAGCGACCAGACUGUCCAACAGCCACAGACCUUCGGCACCAGCGCCUUCUCAAGGAGGGUGGGCCUGGAUGAAAUCUUGACAUUACCCGAAGAGGAGUAUGACUACGGCGGAACGCUAACCCAGGCUGUCUUGGGUGCUCGGCCUCCUAGCACAUUUGACAGCGUUCUAGACGUCUAAAUUCAUCCGUCUGUAUUUCAUUCGCUUCGCUACAGCUUCUUUUUUUUACUUGGCUUAUUACAUCUGCAUUUUAAUUGGUUCACUACAACUGCACUUCUCUAAUUUCUCAAAAAAAAAAAAAACAA